CUGGACGGGUACAUGAACAUGGCCCUUGAGCAUACCGAGGAACACGUCGCCAGCAUCCUCUACAAUCGCUAUGGUGAUGCGUUCAUUCGCGGCAACAACGGUCUGUGCUCCCGUUCGGACUCGGACUCUAACCCGCUCACGUCCGCUCAAUCUCGCAGUGCCGUGUAUCUCGGCCUCUGA